AUGCCACGGCCGGGCCGCUCCACGUACGGCGACCAGAAGCCGCCGUACUCCUACAUCUCGCUCACCUUCAUGGCCAUCCAGAGCUCGCAGGAGAAGAUGCUGACGCUCAGUGACAUCUACAAGUUCAUCAUGGACCGGUUCCCGUACUACCGCAAGAACACGCAGCGGUGGCAGAACUCGCUGCGGCACAACCUCUCCUUCAACGACUGCUUCAUCAAGAUCCCCAGGCGGCCAGAUCGACCUGGUAAGGGGAGCUACUGGGCCCUGCACCCGGCCUGCGGGGACAUGUUCGAGAACGGUUCGUUCCUCAGGCGCCGCAAGAGGUUCAAGCUCCCGCGGCAGAUCAAGGACGCCACGGCCGUUGCCCUGGCCGAGCUGAAGCACUACGAGACCGUGUCGCAGAACGCCAUCCAGGAACAGGCCAAGAUGAGGCUGACGGCCCUGGCGGCCGCGCCCAGUCACCUCCAGGGACACCACGCCGACCCGCUCCGGCACAGCACGACGUUGCCGUUCAUCAAGCAGCCAUUUUCCAUCGAGAACAUCAUCGCGCCCGAGGGCAAACACUUCAGCGGCGUCCUGCCGAGUCCUUCGUAUCCGUCGCCGCAUCCGCAGCAUCUCCGCUCCCUCCCCCCGUUCCCUUGUUCAUUACCGUACGCAACGACAGCGUCCUGGCACUCGACGUACUCGAGUCUAGUCGCCGCUGCGGCCGGCCGCCAAGACCUCAACGGACUCCUGUGCGGCGCCAAGAUGCCGCCAGGUCACUACCCUCUGGCCGGUGUGGUGCCGGUGUCGUCUUCGGGCAGCGCCAUGCCGUUCUCGCUACCUUCGCUUCCCCUCAAGCCGCCGACUCUGCUUCCGGCGUUCCAGUUCCCGGGGAUGAGUCCAGAACAGUCCUUGUUUUCGGUGAGUGCGGCCCAUAUGACGUCACAGAUGGCGUCCGCUACGGCGUCGCUGCCCUGCACGCCACCCAGGCCGGACUCGGCCUCCAGUGACGUGUCGUGCACGUCCCUCGACGUGGUGUCGGACGAACUGGCGAACGAUCUCUGUUAGUUCGUGGCGGCGCCGGACGUUAUUUAUGGCGUGAGAAUGCAGCGACUGCGAUAGGGCCACCCAGGUUCCAAGUGUGCGUGUGUAGUU